CAAGGGCCAAGUUUGUAAGUUUUGAAAACAACAGGGUAGUUUCUGUCACUAAUUCAACCUUGAGGAAGGUUUCUAUAAACCUUGCUCCUAGCAUCGGCUCCGCCGUCUCGCCCACACCAGUAACGACGAUUAGCAUCAUCUCCACAGGUGUUUUACAAUUCGUAUUCUUGUAAAGACUUGAGCAUCAUGACGAAGUUCAGGAAGCUCAAUCGUCCUACCGGACAUCGAAUAUCCAUGCUCAGGACCAUGGUUUCUCAGCUGGUGAAGCAUGAACGAAUUGAAACUACUGUUGCCAAGGCAAAAGAAGUUCGACGACUUGCUGAUAACAUGGUGCAACUUGGGAAAGAGGGUACACUUUGUGCUGCCAGGCGUGCUGCUGCCUUUGUGCGAGGAGAUGAUGUUAUUCACAAACUAUUUACCGAGUUGGCUUACCGAUACAAAGAUCGGGCAGGAGGGUAUACAAGAGUGCUUCGAACUCGAAUAAGAGUUGGUGAUGCUGCACCAAUGGCAUAUAUUGAGUUCAUAGACAGGGAAAACGAGCUUCGACAGUCAAAACCUCCGGCCCCACAACCCGCUCAAAGACCACCGUUGGAUCCCUGGACAAGAUCUAAGCUUAGCAGGAGUUUCGCAUCUCCUAAAGAAGCCAAAAGCUCAGAAGCAGAGGAUUAAACCUUCUUGUCGCUGAAAUCAUCCCUUCUGGAAGGUAUUAAACAAUGUCAACGCUAGCUUUGAUACUUCUAGUUUAAUAUUCUAAGUUUGUAGCAACAUUUUAUGGCUUAGAAUGAAUAAUUUUGUUUGGCUGUCUAGUGAAAGAAGUUUUAUGAGUCCUUUUAUCUCAUUGUUUAGGAGAGAGAAUCUGGAUUAUCCGAGUAUUAUUAUAAAGAAUUGAUUUGAAUUUUUGGAUUUCA